AUGGUGAUCCUUUGUGCUGCCCAACCUGCUCCUUCGGUUCAUUCUGAAUUUCUGUCUCGAUGGUUAUCACUCAACAGCCCCAAAAUGCCUUACGCUCUCAACUCAACCGCAACGAAACUCAGAAAGCAAAACAGACGUCGGCGGAUAAUUACUUACGCGAAAAGUUCUUCGUUACAAGAUUCAGUGGCCUCUGUAAAGCCAUCUCGUCUUCUGCCCACAGUGGAACCAAAAACAUUUCCCAAUAGUGUCCCUGAUGAGAUACUAUUAAAACUCAGAUUGGAAGAAUCUGAUGCCUUUUACAUACUAGAGCUGUGCACAAGUAGAGAACUUAGUUCCUCUUUGCUAGAUAAGAACUCCGCGAUCUUAGUCUGCUUAAUCGAUGUUGACGGUGACUCCUUGCUACAAAGAGUACCAGCAAUCUAUGGGGACCAACCUGCACAUGUCACCAAGCCGUUACAAUUCCUUCCUUUUCAAAGUGGUUCAGUUGAUAUCGUCACCUUUAAAGGUCCCAAAUUGCAAACAAUUAAAGAAAUCUGGAUCGGCCUUGAAUCAGGUUUCAUGGAGAUUAGAUGGUUUAAGUUUGAAAGUGAUCCAUGGAGCCCGGAAUACACCUGA